AUGCCUUUUGCUGAAGUCACUUCUAGCACGGGGAAAACCCGAUUCAAAUACACAAUAUCCACACCCAACUUUGAAGAGGCCGAGCAAAUCGACGCUAGCCUCCCUACAAUCGUAUUCUUUCACCCGGCCUUUCUUGCAGAACACAUUUUUCAAGCACAAUUUAGCGACCAGAGAUUAAGGCAGUACAAUCUUCUUUCUUUCGAUUGUAGAGGUCACGGAAAAACCACCGGAGAUCCAGCGCCAAAUUGGUAUGGCCAUGUUGAGGCGGCUGAAGAUGCAAUCCAGUUAAUGGCACUAAAUUCGUUGGACUUGCCUCCUUGUCACCUGGUUGGGGUGUCCUCAGCAACCAACACCGUCCUUGAGAUAGCAGUAAUGGAACCUGACCGUGUUCUGUCAAUGUUCCUCGUCUCGCCGCUUUGUCUCGAAGUGCCAACAGAAGUGGCAGAAGGACACCACGAAAUUGAGAACCUUUGGACUUCUGCCUUUCCGAACAAUAAAACCAUCCUGAAAGAAUUGAUUUAUGACGCUGAGUUCGGGGAGAAACAAUUUCUUUUCUCUGAACCUCAACUAUCUUCUCUAUGCAACGCUAUAUGGUCCAUAUCAUCAAAGACGGCGGAGAGGAGAUGGUGUUACCCUUUCCUUGACCAGUACCGAAUUUUGGCCCAUGGCCUUAAAGUUCAUUGUUCUUCUCAGGAUGAGAAAUCUUUAGCCCGAAUAACAUUCCCCAUCAAAUUGAUUCACGGAACAAAAGAUGUAGCAUUCAGCAAAAGAUAUCACGAAAUAUUUCUUCUGCAGCUAUUGGACGCUGGGGUCGACGCCUCGUUAGCGAUAAUCGACGAUGCGCCACACUGCAUGGUGGCCAGUCAUUCUAAAGAGUACGUUUUACUGCUCAUUACUAAUUUUUACUCCAACAUCUGA